AUGGAUUCUAGGGAAGUUGUUGAUGGAGCAGACGUAGUUAUUCCAUUGACAUCGGUUAAACAAGUCACAGACAGGUAUGCUAACACUUUGUAUAGGUAUUUUCUGGGUAAACGAUUGGCAUUCCCUGUGGUGGAUUUCUUUGUAAAGAACAACUGGGUUAAAUACGGUCUAUCUAGAUUAAUGAUGAAUGCAAAUGGAUUCUUUUUCUUUAAGUUCAAGACUAAAGAAGGAAUGGUUCAAAUGUUGGAGGAUGGCCCUUGGUUGAUAAGAAAUGUUCCGAUAAUUUUGAAGGAGUGGUCAGCUUCUGUCAAGAUGGAAAAAGAGGAUAUUAGGGCUGUCCCGGUUUGGGUCAAGAUGCAUGAUGUUCCGUUAGCGGCAUUUACUAAGGAUGGUCUUAGUUUGGUUGCAUCUAAGAUAGGGGUUCCAAAGAUGUUGGAUUCGUAUACGGCCACGAUGUGUGCUGAGUCUUGGGGUAGAAGCAACUAUGCUAGAGCUCUCAUUGAAGUGCAGGCGGGGACUGAUUUGAAGAAGAGUGUAACUGUUGCAAUCCCAUCUUUAGAUGGUGGUGGUCAUUCUAAGGUAGAGGUAAAAAUUGAUUAUGAUUGGGAGCCUUUAAGGUGCUCAUCUUGCUGCGUGUUUGGUCAUGAAGAUAGCUCUUGCCCAAAAAACCCUCAGGUUGUUUCGAGUGGGGAUUCUAGGAAGAAAAAUGAUGAUUUUCAGGUUGUGGGUGCCAAGAAGAAGAAAGCUACUAACCAAGGUAUUCAUAUGAAAAAUCAGAAGCCUAGGUUAGUGUAUAGACCAGUUGUAAACCCUAAACCAAACUCGUCCUUGAGGAAGUUGACGAACAAUCAGGUAGCAACGUCAAACCCCUUUGAUAUCCUUAAGGACGAUGAUGGUGGUCAGGGAGGUAGUACUGUGGGUCGUCUGGAGAAGAAGGCCACGCAGAAUUAUGACAAGCAGGAUUCAGAUGAGGAGGAGGUCGUUGAAGUCUACAAUGAAACUAAUGAAUUUAUGACUUCGGGAACACAUCCUUCAUCUUCUAGAGCAAGGGCAAGCAACUCCUCCACAAAGGGUUCCAAUGGCUAG